ACGCGGGGAUGAGCGGGGCGGGGUUAGACCAAGUAAACGUCCAGUUGUGGGCGGGGAGGAGGAAAACUGAAACGCUUGUCCGAAGGGAACACAGUGCAGCGGAAGAGUUUCUGUUUAGAUGCUUUACAAGUCUUACAUGAAAAGGAAAAAUGAGACUUAGGUCUCAAAGGACGAUUACCGCUGCUUCGGAGACGCCGAGGAGGACACGUCAACGGUCGAGACAAACGCGCCUUUCGACGACGGAGACGGAAAGUCCCUUACCAAACAUGGUUGAGGAGGAGUCUGUGGUUCACCAACCAGAGGAUGAGGUUCCUACGGUGAAGAGGCGGCCGCUGCCUCGUGGCCGGGCGAGGAAGCGGCCGAGGGCCAUCGCUGUUGAGGACAGAGAGUCGGGCAUUUUAUCUCCAUCAGCAGAUUUGGCUUUUAAGACCCCACUCAAGCCCAUAAUCCACCACGAGCGCAUUCUGUCAGAGAUCGACGUGGCGUCCCCUCGUAACUCCAAGGCCAGAAACAUCUAUCCGCCCAUCGUGCGGUUCCUCACGCCCAGCAAGGAGAAUAUGAAAUGUCCUGAAACUGCCAGCAGCGUUCUGCUGAGCCCAGAACAAGGAGUGUUUGGUUACGGUUCCAUCGACCUGCUGGCUGGAGAUGAGGACGACGACGUCUUUGAUCCGUUUACCUUUAUCAAGAACAUCCCGUCCCAGUCUCAGCAUUCCCGGCCGUGUCUCCAAGACAUCCCGCCAAAAACCCGGAGCACGCCGGAGGCCACGCUGGUGGUCGACCUGGAGGAGACGCUCAUGUUCAGCUCCCUGAAUGUGAUCGAAGAAGCAGAUUAUACUUUCUUUACCACAUUCCAGGAUCAUCAAUACAAGGUGUACAUGAUCCUGCGUCCACACGUAAGAGAGUUUCUUCAAGCCAUGGCAAAAAUCUACGAGCUUUUUGUUUACACCUGUGCAAAGAAGGAAUACGCCGAGAAGAUCCUGGAGAUCCUCGACCCUCAGAAGAAACUCUUCCGUCACCGCCUGUACCAGGACGACUGCGCCUGCGUCCUCGGUCACUACAUCAAGGACCUCAGCAUCCUCGGGAGAGACCUGAUGAAAACCGUCGUCCUGGAUAACGCACCGCACACCUACCCAUACCACCUGAUGAACACGAUUCCCAUUAAGAGCUGGUCUGGAGGAUCAGAAGACAAAGAGCUGCAGAAACUCGUCCCCUACAUGGAGAGACUGGCUCCAGCGGAGGAUUUCCAGGAGGUUCUGAAGAAGAGGAAGGACCACUUCCACAGAUUCCAGAUCGGACCGCCUGACCGGAAGGCGGUAUGUCCGUGUCGGGAACCGGGCCGGUUCUCCUGCGGUUCUCCUUAAAGGAUGGCACAUUUCAGACGCUGCUGACCGAUCGUCACUUGAACCCGGCUUCUUUCCAGAACCGAUUCCUCAAGCAGCAAACUGCUAACGUGUGUAAAUAUUUCCCAAACAAAACUUGAAUUAUUUUGUUUAUAUUUCUAACUUUCUAUUUAUUGAUCAUAUUGCUAACCAACAGCUUUUAUCUGUAUAUGUUAGAUGCUUUUUUUUUGUUCUAUAAACUUACUCCAACAAUAAAUGACUAAUAGAGCG